AUGCCAAAUAAAAAUCGAAAAGCUCAACGAGCCGCGCAACGCGCAGCAGCAGCAGCGAGUAACAACAAUGAAAAUGAAGAUACAAUUGACAACUCUUCACCCACUACUACAACAUCUGUUCUUCAAUCACCAUCUCAAACUCAAUUGGCCAAUGUCGCAGCACCCGUCGAAAUUGCUCCAGUGACUAAUCUGCCUCCAUCAUCUGCCACACCAAAGUCCGCAUGGACUCCUCAAGUACGACCAGCAUCACCAGCUCAGCCUAAUACACCUGCUCUUCCUGAAACUGUUUCAUCUGGACCAUCGGUUGUCCCAAAACCGACAUCAGAUCAACAAGCACCAUCUCAACCUGAACCAUCAGCGGCUUCAAAACAAGCCUGGGCUUCGAAAUUUCCUCCUCAAUCGAUAGCCUCAGUUACUCCGAAACCAGCAGCACAAAAACCCGAGCCAUCGACUGUUCCGAAAGCGACAGCGAAUCCCUUGUCUCAAGGAACCUAUCGUACUGAUCGUGCUGCCAGUGCAUAUUCAAUGACAAGAGAAUCGAUUUCAAGUUUAACGACGUCGAAUUCUGAUAUUUCUUCGAGACAAUCACGAUCUCAAAGUGUUAUCUCAAAUAGAGGAGGAAGAGGACGACGCCUUUUACUCUCCGCUGUUCCUGAUACGGCCAAUUUAACUCCAAUGCUUCGUCCAGAUGCGGGUGGAAGCAAAGGUCGACCGAUCUUUAUCUACACGAAUCAUUUUUCGGUUAAGAUCGAUUACAAUGCAACGGUCAAUCAAUACGAUGUGGAAAUAAUGUUGAUUGAUCAAGAUGGUAACCAACGUGUAGCUCGAAAAGAUGAACGUUGGAAAGUAAUGCAACUGAUUGCUCAGAAAAAGAAAGAUUUCCCUGCUGUUUGGUACGACGAAGGUAAAACAUUGUAUACGCGUGAAUUAUUACCAGAUAUAACAGAACCGAUUCGAGUACAAAUGGAACGAGACACUCAAAUGAGAACAUUUCAGUUGACCAUCAAAAAUCUUGUUCGACAGGAAAAGAUGGAAAAUAUUCUGAAAUUUGUUAAGAAAGAACUUCGCACUCGACCACGAGAAGCAGUUCGUGUUAUUGAAACACUUUUCAAACAACGUGCUCGAAAUGAACUCGUCUGUGUUAAAAAUCAAUUCUACAAUCGAAAACAAACUCUCGAUGAUCUCCAGGAUGGACGAGGGAUGGCUAAAGGUUUUUAUCAAGCUUUGUUUCUGACCCGACUUGGUCCAACACUCAAUGUUAAUCUAACAUUCACUUGUUUUUAUAUGCCAAUAAAUUUUGUUCAAUUUGCUUGUCAAUAUUUACGUGAAGACAUUACAAAAGGAUUUCCAGAUUACAAAGCCAAAGCAUUCAGACAAAUCAUCCGAGAUCUUCUUAUUGAAACUGAACACACUACUCGAAAUAUUCGUUAUAAACUCCAUGGAUUCGGUCGUCCUGCUAAUCUGUUGACGUUUACUCCUCGUGAGACCAAUGAAGAAAUAUCAGAUGUAGCGUCAGCCUUACAGGAAAUCACUGUUGAGAAGUAUUUUGAACAAAAAUACAACAUCAAAUUGAAAUAUCCACAUUUACCCUGUAUCGAUGCACGAAGUGGAUUAACGAAAAGAGCGAAUUAUCUACCAAUGGAAGUGGCCAAAGUCGUCGAAUGGCAACGGGCAUUGAAACCGUUAGAUACAACUCAAAGAGCUCGUACCACUAGCAAAUCGAUUAUCAAACCAGAUCAACGAUAUAUGGAAAUCAUGAAUAUCAUGGAUUCCCGUGACUUCGAAAAAGAUCCUUAUCUAAAACAAUUGAAUAUUCAUGUUGAUAAGAGAGAAAUGCUGCAAAUCAAAGCACGAAUUCUUAACCCACCGGAAAUUCGAUUUCGUCAAGGUCAAAAUGAAAUUGUCGAAUCUGUUAACGUUGGCAAAUGGAGAAUCGGUCGAAACCGAUUCUAUCGAGCACCAGAAAUUAAAAGUUGGGGUUUGAUCUAUUAUGGCCAUCGUCCAAAUCAACAGAUAAAUCAAACUAUCAAUGAUUUUGCUUAUCAAUUACCUGAAUUGUUGAGACACAAAGGAUUUAUCAUUCGACCAGACUUGAAAUUAGUUCCGAUUAUUGAGACAUCCAAUAUUGAAAAACCUUUAACUGAAGGAAGCAAAAAAGGUUGGCAAUUGGCUAUUGUCAUUCUCAAUACGGAUGCUAGUCAAAGCUAUAGUGAUGUCAAACAAAUUGGUCAUCAGAAAUUAGGUGUACGAACACAAUGUAUCGAUUGGAAAACAUUAUGUAGAAAUAUGGAUAAACUUCAUAUGUAUGUGGAAAAUCUUAGUCAAAAGAUCAACGUCAAAUUGGGUGGAAUCAAUAGUAUCGUCAAUACGAAAUUAGCUUUGACUCAAUCAUUUCAAAAUGAUCUCUUUAUGUUCUUUGGAGCAGAUGUCACGCAUUCGACUUCGUCGACUGACCGUCCAUCGGUAGCAGCAGUGGUCGCUUCCCGUGAACCGACUAGUAGUCUCUAUGCUGCUCGAUUUUGUGAACGUAAAUUAUUGAUUAUUAUUCCACAAUCUGAUCAUAUUGAUUGA